AUGGAGUCUGAUUUGUUCGACGACCAGUCCACCGUCCACUACCCCAAGCUGGAUGCUGAUUCAGCUCAGAUCCGUCUCAUAGUGUUGGCACGCGGUGCGCUAGACUCCCCGAUCCACUGCACUUAUCGAGUGGUCAGCCUGGACGACGAAGCACUCUCGUACGAGACCCUCUCCUAUGUUUGGAAGGACGAGGCCGGUACAGCGCCGAUAUGGGUCGAGGGCAAGGCGGCGUCGGUCACCCGGGGCCUCUUUGGGGCGCUGGAGCAGCUUCGGCUCGUGGACAGCGAAAGAACUCUCUGGAUCGAUGCGAUCUGUAUUAACCAGAGCAACUCAGCCGAGAAGACGCAGCAGGUGGACAUGGUGUGUCGCAUUUACAACGCCCCCCGACGGCGUGGGGCGGCCGGAGCCUUCAAUGCACUCCUCACAAGGCCGUGGUGGAUGCGCAUUUGGACAGUGCAGGAGGUCAUCCUCCCCCCUCGGCGCUUCAUAUACUGGGGGCCCUGCAAGCUGCCCUGGGACCUGCUGGACCGCGCCUCCGAGGCCGUGAUGGACGACACCCACAUCAAGCCGCCGGCCGAUCUACAGAAGUACGGACGCGACUUCUACGCCUCCGGGGCCCUGGGCCACCUGACGGCGCGGGUGCGAAGCAUGCGCAUCACUGUCGACGAGCACCCGCUGUACCUCUUCUGGCGUUGGCGAUUCCGCCAGGCAACCGACCCCCGUGACAAGAUAUACGCGCUCCUGGGGAUGCGCCGUGAUGUGGAGCUGCCCAGCGUGCCGUCGUGCGACUAUUCCGUCGACGUGAGGACGCUGUUCGGGCGCGUGACGGUGGACCUCAUUAACAUGUGCAACGACCUGAACCCCCUAAUAGGCCGCAGGGGCGAGCCUUCAAACUUGGCGGACCUGCCCUCCUGGGUCGUGGACUGGUCUGGCAGCAUCCCCGGCCAGGGACGCUCGGAGUUCUGGGCGCAUCAGACGCGGUGGACAAGCCGUGAUUACUGCGCCGAUAAGGGCACAUUUGGGGUGGGAGACGGGCUUCGGUUUGCCGACGAGCGGACACUGUUGUUGGCGGGAUUAUAUGUGGACAAGAUCGCUGUUGUCGAGCAGCGGCAGACAUGGGGCCAGGGCCACGCCGAAGGAUUUCACGAAAUCCUACUGGGUGGAGCAGAUCGAUGGGGCGAUCUCAUAACGCGCUUUCAGCGAUCGGGUGCUGCCACGGGCCAUGCUGCUGAGCUGCCUGGCAACUGGAUGCAGGCGUUCCUCGGGCUCAUCACAGGGAGACUGGUCCCGGGGGACCCAGAUGACGGCGACCAAUAUCCAGAUGACUGGACCAUGGAUAUGUUGCGGGAUCAGGCAUUAUUUAUAACACAAGGUGGGAAAUUUGGGCUGGGACCGCUGAAUGCCCGCCCAGGACAGCAGCUGUGGAUCGUCGGUGGGUGCAAGCUCCCCGUGAUUCUGGACACGUGGCCGAGCGGCAUCAUUGGGGAGGUGGUGGAUGAGGAAAGCUGCAGGGACUUCACAUGGACGACAGUCACUUUCGCAACACUUUACAACUCAUCUAAUUUCAACCCAUCCUCAACCGUCAAAAUGGUUAUGUGCUCGUGCGGCCGUGACUCCUCUGACUUCGCCGGAUCCUACCGCGAGCAGAUCAGCUGCCCCAAGCUCUCCGGCCAGAAGUGCCCCCGCUGCACCUUCGUCAGAGGCGUGUGGGCCAAGUGCUGCACCACCGGCAAAUGCGACGGGCGUGGCAACGAGCUAUGCCAUACCUGCGGUGGCAGCGGCAAGAGGGCCGGCAACCUGGUCCUCUGCAGCAAGCGCCAUGACAAGAAGGAGGGCAAGAUGGACAGGAGGAGGAGGUAA